AUGGGCGGCGGCGACCUGAACCUGAAGAAGAGCUGGCAUCCGCAAACCCUCCGCAAUGUGGAAAAGGUCUGGAAGGCGGAACAGAAACAUGAAGCCGAGCGGAAGAAAAUUGAAGAGCUGCAGCGGGAGUUGCGUGAGGAGCGAGCGCGAGAAGAAAUGCAGCGUUAUGCAGAGGACGUGGGCGCCAUCAAGAAAAAAGAUGAGAAGUUGGACUGGAUGUACCAAGGGCCAGGCGGCAUGGUGAACAGAGAGGAAUACCUCAUGGGCCGUCCAGUUGACAAGUAUGUCUUCCAGACCAUGGAUGAUAAGGAAGCAGGCUGUUCCUCAGAGACCGGCCUUCUGCCAGGCUCAAUCUUUGCCCCAACAGGUGCCAACUCUGCCUUGGAUAUGGCCAGCAAAAUUCGAGAAGAUCCUCUUUUCAUGAUAAGGAAAAGGGAAGAAGAGAAGAAGCGUGAAGUUCUGAAUAACCCAGUAAAAAUGAAGAAGAUCAAAGAACUGUUGCAAACCAGUUUGGAAAAAAAGAAGAGGAAGAAAGAGAAGAAAAAGAAGCACAAGAAACGCAGACACCAGAGUCUUAGCAGCAGCGAAGAUGAACAGAGUCAAGCUAAGUCCUGUGAGAAAACUGACAGUUUGCUAGCGGGGUCCCAUCAUCCCAAAACAUCAGGCUAUGGUUUGCAGGUUCGUGACAAUGGCCACGAGAGGACGUUUUCCCACAAGCACUCCAAAAGUUCCAGGCACAACAGAAAGGAGGAGAAGCCCAGAACUGGAGGCAGGAGUCCUCCCCCCAAGAAAGAAGGCUACCGGAGACAGCAGGCCUCGGGGUAUACCAGAAAUCUCUCGGCUGAAGAGCUGGAGUGGAAGCGACAAGAAAUGAUGGCGAAUGCCAAGUGGCGGGAAGAAGAGAGAGCAAACAGUGUGAAGAAACAUCAGAAAGAGGAAGCACGGGAGCGAGAGCAGGAGAAGCUGGACAAACGUGAUGGGAAGUUCAUACACCACAUGAAGCUAGAGAGUGCGUCCACCUCCUCUCUUGAAGAAAGGGUCAAGAGAAAAAUUCAUUCCAUCCAAAGGACACCAGCAGCCCUGGAGAAAAACUUCAUGCGAAGAUGAACAUGUUUUCUCU